AUGGGUAGUCAACAUGCCAAACCUAAAAAGGGAAGUUCGGAUACUGUUGACAAGAAUAUAAUUGCACGAAGUGGUAAAGGAAAAAGGACUAAAUGUACAGAAGACGGGACCUCUGUUUCUUCUCUGGAUUUAACUCAGUCACUUGAUGGAGAUGUACUCGCAAUAUCUGAUUAUGACCCUCCAUUGAAUUGCACUGGGUCUACAAUUGCCGUGAGAAAAGGCGACUCGUUACUUGUAUACGGCCAGAGCCCUUCAGGUGGUGAUUGGUUGGAUGUUUUAUGUCGGCGCACUGGUUCGGGACAAUACGGCGUUGUGUAUGAGGCCAUCUUCAAGCCCUAUGAUGUUACAGUGGCUGUAAAGACGCUCAAGAUUAUAGUUCUUCGGGCCAAGGCAGGCUACUGCAUGCUUAUUAAGCCAUAUCUGGAUUAUAAUGUUUGGGCGUGGUCGAACGUCUUUAUGAAUUGGCUUCUCGUGGAGGAGGAAAAAUCGCUACUUGCCACUCGUUAA